CUCCUUUCCUUUCUGCCCAUUAAACAAUGAAAAUGGCAUAUUACCAAUCAUCCUUUCCCCUCCGCAGGAAACACCCAUCAUUGCUCCCAACAAUCCUUUUCAACCUUAGAAACCUGAGCUUCUAAGAUAUUCCCUCCCCUCUAAUUCUUCUUUUUCCAUUCUUCCAUUCCAUUUCUCUCUUUUCUUUUUCCCUUUUCUCUUUUCUUUUCUUUCCCUUUCCUUUCUCACCUCUAAUGCUUCCUCCAAUCCCACCAUUUAAAUACCCCCCCUCCUUAUAAACCUUUUUGACCCUCCCUCCUCUUCUCUCUCUCUCUCUCUCAUCUUCUUCUUCUCCAAAUCUCUCUCUCUCUCUCUCUCUCGCUCGCUCUCUCUCUCUUAAUUCUUUUCUUUUCUUUUCUAAUCAUAUUUAUUCUGAUCAUAAAAACCAAACAUAACAAAACAAUGGAUCCUUCUUCAACAAACUCCGUCAAUGGCUUCUACUCGUUUCUGACCAGAGGAAUCGAUGAUCUCGAGCGAGUUUAUCUCUCCAACAACUUCAUGUCAAUCCAAUUCCUCCAAAGAGCUCUCUCUCUCCUUCGAUCCUUCCACUCCCAAUUGACUCUCCUCGUCCAGAAGCUCCACCUUCCCGUCGGCGACAAGUGGCUCGACGAGUACAUGGACGAGAGCUCCAAGCUCUGGGAGGCCUGCCAUGUCCUCAAGUCCGGAAUCUCCGGAAUGGAGAAUUACUACUCCGCCGGCUUCAACCUCACUUCCUCUCUCGACGGCCAUCGCCAUCUCAGUCCUCAGCUUUCUCGUCAGGUGAUCAGAGCGAUUUCCGGCUGCCGGAGAGAGGCGCUGGGAUUGGAGGAGGAGAACAGGGCGUUAAUGGAGACGAGAAUCCAGCCGCUGUCGCUGAGGUUCGACGAGAAGGUAUCGAUCGAGUCGAAGCUGAACGGCUUCAGCGGAUUCAGAGGAGUUCUGUACGCGAUGAGGAACGUGAGCUCGCUUCUGCUGAUGAUUCUCCUCUACGGGCUGGUGUAUUGCUGGCCGGAAUCGAGCUUUCUGAGGGGAGGAUACGAGGGAUGCUUGUUCUUCGGAUCGGCGUUCAUGAUCUCGACGGGGAGAUUGCAGCAGAGAGUGGCGGCUGAGAUCGGGCAGAUCGGGGGGAGACCGGGGAUUUUGCUGUACGAGUUCAGGAGGUCCAAGGCCGCCAUGGAAGAGCUGAGAGGAGAGCUCGAGAGGAGAUCGUCCGGCGGCGGAACGGCGGCGGAUUGGGAGGCGGCGGAGGGAGGGAUAAGGGAGAGAGUGGAGAAUUUGAGAGGAUGCUUCAUGGUGUUGAGAUCUGGAGCUGAAAAUAUCGUUGCUCAGCUUGAUGAUUUCUUCGACGAGAUUGUUGAAGGUAGGAAGAAGCUUCUCGACUUUUGCAGCCAUAGAUAGGCCAAACGAGGAAGAAAAAAAAG